AGAAGUUCGCGCAAAGCUUCUGUAAAGUGUCUCUCGUGGGGCGCGGAGGGGGGAAGAAACACCGGCAGGCAGCAGCCGUUCUGGGUCGCUUUGGGUUUCCUUUCCUGUCUCUCCCCUUCUGGAUGAGUCCAGAAUUGAUUCUGGAUCGUUGCUGUGGGAAAAGGCUUGUUCGCCUCCCGCCGCCGCUUGAGAACUCUUCCCCGCUCCAAUUAGGCGGUAGGUAGGCAUUGCCUCCUCAGAGCUCAGCCGGAUCCUCCGCAUCUUUUGCCGCUGGCCCAAGAUUUUCCAUCCCGUCUCCUUCCAAGGCGGAGAAGAAAUGAUCUCACUCGGCCCGUGGAAUGGAGACAGCUGGCACGCGUGAAAACCUGAAGGCACCGCGGGACUCGCAUCCCGGAGCCUAAGCCCUGCGAGCGUUCUCGGUCGCCUUUGCGAGCCGCGCGGGACUCGGCAGCGGCGGCGGAGGUGCCUCGGAGGAGGCAAGUUUUCCCCUAUGGCUGGGCUAUACAGCUCGCCUUUGAAGACCCUGGAAGAUCUAACCUUGGACUCCGGGUAUGGGGCAGGGGACUCCUGCAGGUCCCUCAGCCUCUCGUCCUGCAAGUCCAACAGCCAAGCCUUGCCCUCGUCUCAACCCCGGGGCAACUGGUGGUACUAUUCGGGCUCCAUGAACAGCCGCAACAACAGCUGGGACACCGUCAACACUGUCUUGCCGGAGGAUCCCGAAGUCGCCGAUAUCUUCGCCAAAUGCGCCAAGCUGCCCGACCUGGAGGAAUUCCCUUGGAGCGAAGAAGACGUGGAGAAGAUCCUGCGGAAGGGGAAGGAGGCGACCCAGGGGGGAGGCUUCAGCCCAGAAGCCGCGAGGAGGCUGUCGAUGCUCCUCCGGAGGCCGCUGAUCCGGAUCUCCCGGGAGGCGCAACGCCUGAGCGUGAUGCACGCCAAGUGCACCCGCUUCGAGAUCCAGAGUGCCAUCAAGCUGAUCCAGAGCUGGUCCCUGGCGGAAAGUUGCGUUCUGGCCACCGUCAAGGCUCUUUCGCUGUACAGUAUGAGCGCCGGGGACGGCUUGAGGAAAGGCAAAUCGGCCCGCUGUGGCCUCACCUUCUCCGUCGGGCGCUUCUUCAGGUGGAUGGUAGACACUCGGAUCUCGGUUCGGAUCCACGAGUACGCGGCCAUCGCUCUGGCCUCUUGCAUGGAGAACCUGGUGGAGGAGAUCAAGGGCCGGGUCCUGGCCAGCCAAAACCCAGACGGAGACGGGGCAGGAAGUGAGGUCUCCUCCGAAGUCCUCGAGGCGGUGAUCAACAACGACGCGGAGCUUUGGGGCGUCCUGCAGCCUUACGAGCAUCUCAUCUGCGGGAAGAACGCCAACGGUGUGCUUUCUCUGCCUGCCUACUUCAGUCCUUACAACGAUGGAUCGAUAUGCAGCAAUGGAAGAGCUGAUGCUUAUGCCCAGCUAGAACUUCGGACUCUAGAACAAUCUCUCCUGGCAACUUGCGUUGGAAGCAUCUCUGAAUUGAGUGAUUUGGUAUCACGAGCAAUGCACCACAUGCAGUGUUUGACUACCCUUCGUCCUGGCAUGAGCCCUGUUCGGCAAACCAGGCAACAGCAACCACCCAUCACCUGGUCCCCCGAUGCCCUCCAUACCCUUUACUACUUUCUACGCUGCCCUCAGAUGGAAUCCAUGGAGAACCCCAACCUGGAUCCACCAAGGAUGGCCUUGAGUAAUGAACGGCCAUUCAUGCUUUUGCCCCCUCUGAUGGAAUGGAUGCGAGUAGCUAUAACCUAUGCUGAGCACCGGCGCAGUUUAACUGUACACAGUGAUGAUAUACGACAGACAGCUAGGCUGCUGUUACCUGGAUUGGACUGUGAACCUCGGCAAUUGAAGCAAGAAGGAGAAGCCUUUGAGGAAAAUUCAGUUGGAAUUGAAGAUCAAAAAAUUUCAUGGAGACUUGAGCAACUUGAAGAACUUAAGGCAAGGUCAGCGAAAGAACAAGCAGGUCAAAAGCAGCCUGGAGCAAGAUAUAAUUUGGAGAAUAAGGAGAUUGCGAUAUCUCCCUGCCUCCAUUUCUUCUUCAUAUUCCCUGUUGUUGUUGUUUUACAGCUGCUGCUGGAUGCAGGGGCCCAUGUUGAAGGUUCUGCUGUCAACAGUGGAGAAGACAACUAUGCUGAGACACCACUUCAACUGGCCUCAGCAGCAGGCAACUAUGAGCUGGUCAGUUUGCUACUGAGCCGAGGAGCUGAUCCCCUUCUGAGUAUGCUGGAGGCCAAUGGGAUCUCCUCAUCACUUCAUGAAGACAUGAACUGUUUCAGCCAUGCUGCUGCUCAUGGACACAGAAAUGUUCUGCGCAAGCUGUUGACCCAACCACAGCAGUCAAAGGGAGAUGUUCUCUCCCUGGAGGAGAUUUUAGCAGAGGGUGUGGAAAGUGAUACUUCCAGCCAAGGAAGUUCUAAUGAGGGCCAAGUUAAGUUAUGCAAAACCAGAAUGAAAGCAUUACAGGAGGCCAUGUAUUACAGUGCCGAGCAUGGCUAUGUCGAUAUCACAAUGGAACUGAGAGUACUUGGAAUCCCAUGGAAGCUGCAUGUAUGGAUUGAGUCACUACGAACAACUUUUUAUCAGUCUCGUUAUUCAGUGGUACAGAAUCUCCUACGGGAAUUUGUCACCAUUAAAGAAGAAGAAUACAAUGAAGAGUUAGUGAAUGAAGGACUGAAACUAAUGUUUGAAAUUCUCAGAACCAGCAAAAAUGACUCAAUCAGCCAGCAUCUCGCAGCUAUCUUUACUCACUGCUAUGGAAGUAGCCCCAUCCCCAGUAUUCCUGAAAUCAGAAAGACACUGCCAGCCCGCCUAGAUCCUCACUUUCUAAAUAACAAAGAUAUGUCUGAUGUGACGUUUCAAGUGGAAGGAAAACUGUUCUAUGCUCAUAAAGUUCUCUUGGUUACUGCUUCAAAUAGGCCAGAAUGCUGCUUUAGUUCCUUCCGGCGAAUGGAUGCAAAGGCUGCUACUGAAAAAUUCCAGCAGGAUCUGGGGUUUCGAAUGUUGAACUGUGGAAGGACUGAUCUGAUUAACCAAGCUAUAGAAGCCUUAGGACCCGAAGGAGUUAAUACAAUGGAUGAUCAGGGUAUGACUCCUCUCAUGUAUGCCUGUACUGCUGGAGAUGAAGCCAUGGUGCAGAUGUUGAUUGAUGCUGGAGCAAAUCUGGAUAUACCGGUUCCUGGAAGUUCAUCUCGAUACCCAUCAGUUCAUCCUGAUAGCCGACACUGGACUGCGCUCACUUUUUCUGUAUUACAUGGCCAUAUCUCAGUCGUCCAGCUGCUGCUGGAUGCAGGGGCCCAUGUUGAAGGUUCUGCUGUCAACAGUGGAGAAGACAACUAUGCUGAGACACCACUUCAACUGGCCUCAGCAGCAGGCNUACAUAGUACCAAGAAAGGGAUGCAUCCCGGCCAGUUGCUCUCAGCUGCAAGUUUAUUCCAGUUGGAUGGCCUCCAGCGCCACUGCGAGAUACUGUGUGCUCAGACCAUCAAUACUGAAAGUUGUGUUCACAUCUAUAAAUAUGCCAAGAUCCAUAAUGCCCCAGAACUGGCUUCUUUUUGCGAAGGCUUUUUUCUCAAGCAUAUGAACUCCCUGGUGCAGCAGGAAUCGUUCAGGCAGCUCAUCUAUGGCAGGAACAGUAGGGUUCAGGGCCUGGAUCCCCUCCAGGAUUUGCAGUCCACUUUGGCCAGAAGACUUCAUUCCGUUUAUGUAACUUCAAGAGUGUAAUUGCUAAGAUCCGCAGCCCUGCUGUUAAGGAAAGCCCCUGCUCAUUGAACUGCACUGAAAUGGGCCCAUCGUGGCUGCUUCAUCCGGCAGCCCAUCGUGGCUGCUUCAUCCGGCUUCUGAAGACUGUGCCUCUUCCACCACCUCAGCAAACUUAUCCAAAACGCAAGAAAAAUAACUCACAUGCCAGAAUGGUUUUAGCUGAAAACGGAUGAGCAGAAUCUGAGGUGGGAUGCUGCUAUUCUGCUAGGUACGCAUCAGAAAGGAGAACUCAGGGGGAAAUUCACUUCUAAGCAUCCAGAAGAUCACUUAGAAGAAUGCACAAACCAUAGUUGGCAUUUAGCCAGAGGACAGACUGUUUAAAAAAAUGGCUAUGAAUGUAGAAAUUCCAAUUUCUCUCAACUUUGGCUACUCAAAGUUUAAUAUUGGGCUAGCUGAUUCCACCAGAGUGCCAUGCUGCAAACAGAUCCGGCUUUUUGCUUUUUCCAUUCAGACGUGCAGGUUCAGUAGGGGCUAAAGCUAAAAAAAAGAAGAAGCUAGUUUUGAAGAUACAAUAAUAUGCUACCUAACAGAUUCUAGGUUAUUUUGGCCUCGGUUUUUAACUAGCUCUGGCUGUCCAUUUUUGUAUUUAAAGAAACAUAACCUGGUGUCCCUAAUACAGUGUUUCUCAACCUUGGCAACUUGAAGAUGUCCGGACUUCAACUCCAAGAAUUCCCCAGCCAG